AUGGAAAAUGACGAUUCAGUUGGUCCACCCGAUCCUAUAUCAAAUUUAAGACCAAUUAAGUUUUAUAUACCAAAAAAUGAAUCAUCAAUUGAACGUAAACUACGACUUAAACGAAUUGAAGUAGCAAAAUGGAACAAUGAUUUUUGGACAAAUCAUAAUCAAACAUUUGUUAAAGAAAGGGAAGCUUAUAAAGAAAAAUUAGCAAGAAAGGGUAUAUCUAGUGCUUCAGCUGACCAAAUGUCUGAAUUUUACAAAGAAUUUUUGGAUAAAAAUUGGAAAACCCAUGUUACGUACAAUUUUGAAUGCAUUACAAUGGGCAAGGAAGCUUAA